AGUUGCCGAGGAGCGCUAGUGAUCUUCGGUUUGUGGAGCUGGUCGUCAGCAUGUCCUUUCCUAAGGCGCCCCUGAAACGAUUCAAUGACCCUUCCGGGUGUGCACCAUCUCCAGGUGCUUAUGAUGUUAAAACUUCAGAAGUGUUGAAAGGACCAGUAUCCUUUCAGAAAUCGCAAAGAUUUAAAACACCAAAAGAAUCUCAACAAAAUCUUAAUGUUGACAAAGAUACUACCUUGCCUACUUCAGCAAGAAAAGUUAAGACUUUAGGAUUAAAGAAGGAAUCUCAAAAGAAUGAUAAAGAUUUGAAGAUAUUGGAAAAAGAGAUUCGUGUUCUUGUUCAGGAACGUGGUGUUCAGGACAAGCGGAUCCAGGAUCUGGAAGCUGAGGUGGAGAGGAUGGAAGCAAAGCUGAAUGCUGCAGUCAGGGAAAAAACAUCUCUCUCUGCAAGUAACGCUUCCCUAGAGAAACAGCUGAUUGAAUUAACCAAGACUAAUGAGCUACUAAAAGCUAAGUUUUCUGAAGAUGGUAACCAGAAGAAUAUGAGAAUUCUAAGCCUCGAGUUGAUGAAACUUAAAAACAGAAGAGAAACAAAGAUGAAGAGUAUGAUGGCUAAACAAGAAGGCAUGGAAGUGAAGCUGCAGGUCACCCAGAAGAAUCUCGAAGAGUCUCAGGGGAAAAUCGUGCAACUUGAGGGGAAACUUGUUUCAAUAGAGAAGGAAAAGACUGAAAAAUCUGAAACAGAAAAACUCUUAGAAUACAUCGAAGAAAUUAGUUGUGCAUCAGAUCAAGUGGAAAAAUACAAGCUAGAUAUUGCCCAGUUAGAAGAAAAUUUGAAAGAGAAGAAUCAUGAAGUUUUAAGCCUUAAGCAGUCUCUUGAGGAAAAUGGUGUGUUGUCUAAACAAGUAGAAGACCUCAAUGCUAAAUGUCAGCUGCUUGAAAAAGAAAAAGAAGACCUCAUGAACAGGCAUAGAGAUUGGGACGAAAAUCUAAACUCUGAAAUACAAAACUUAAAAGAGAAGUUUACUCUUGAAAAACAAGAACAUGAGAAGCUACAACAAAAAGAGUUGCAAGUUGAUUCACUUCUGCAGCAAGAGAAGGAAUUAUCUUCUAGUCUUCAGCAGAAGCUAUGUUCUUUUCAAGAGGAGAUGAUUAAAGAACGGAAUCUCUUUGAGGAGGAAUUAAAGCAAGCACUGGGUGAGCUAGACAAAUUACAGCAAAAAGAGGAACAAGCUGAAAGGCUGGUCAAGCAGCUGGAAGAGGAAACAAAAUCCAGAGCUGAAGAGCUAAAACUUCUAGAAGAAAAGCUGAAAGGGAAGGAAGCUGAACUGGGGGAAAAUAAGGCUGCUCACACUCAGGCCACCCUGCUUUUGCAGGAGAAAUAUGAUAGUGCAAUGCAAAACCUUGGAGAUGUUACUGCUCAGUUUGAAAGCUAUAAAGCACUAACAGCUAGUGAGAUAGAAGAUCUUAAGCUGGAGAACUCAUCACUUCAGGAAAAAGUGACCAAGGCCGAGAAAAGUACAGAGGAUGUACAACGUCAGAUACUGGCAACUGAGAGCGCAAAUCAAGACUAUGCAAGGAUGCUUCUAGAUCUGCAGACCAAAUCAGCACUUAAAGAAGCAGAAAUUAAAGAAAUCACAGUUUCUUCUCUUAAAAAAAUCACUGAUUUGCAGAACCAACUCAAGCAACAAGGUGAAGACUUUAAGAAACAACUGGAUGAGGAAGAAGCAAGAAAAUCUGGAAAGGAAAACGCAACAGCAGAAUUAACCGAGGAAAUGAAUAAGUGGCGUCUCCUUUACGAAGAGCUAUAUGAUAAAACAAAACCUUUUCAGCUACAACUGGAUGCCUUUGAAGCUGAGAAACAGGCUUUGUUGAAUGAACAUGGUGCAGCUCAGGAACAGCUCAAUAAACUGAGCGAUUCAUAUGCGAAAUUAUUGGGCCAUCAGAAUCUCAAGCAAAAAAUCAAGCAUGUUGUGAAAUUGAAAGAUGAAAACAGCCAACUCAAAUCGGAGGUGUCAAAACUCCGCUCUCAGCUUGCUAAAAGGAAACAAAGUGAGAGAAAACUUCAAGAGGAACUGAAUAAAGUUCUGGGCAUCAAACACUUUGAUCCUUCAAAGGCUUUUGUUCAUGAAAGUAAAGAAAAUUUUGCUCUCAAAACCCCAUUAAAAGAAGGCACUACAAACUGCUACUGAGCUCCUGUGGAGUUUCAAGAUUCACCCAAGUAAACAUCUGAAAACCCUGCUGAAGAUUAUUUCAUCUUGUUUUUAUUGUUGUUGAGAUUUUAUUAUUAUUCUGUUUGUAAUAAAUAUUUUUAACAUUGUA